UCUUCUUAUUACAAGCUGUGUCCAUGACAAAGGACAAACAGCUGGGGAAAGAAAUGCUACAUGGCAGGAAUGGACAAGGGCCAUUUUCAGCCUGGCUGGUCAGACACCAACCCCUGAGCUGUCCCCGCAAAGGCUGUUUACUUGACCCACAGGAGAGAGAGAAAGAGAGAGAGAGCGAGAGAAAGUUGACACGACUAGUGAGGCUCCCCAUGCUGGCCCGUCCAGCACCAAAAGCAUCAACAAUGGACACUUCACCAUGAGAACUUGCCACGAUAAUGGAAGAAGGCGGCCUGGUUUGAGAAAUCAUGUUUUCUUUUACAUCACAUGGAUUGCCUGCUGUCUGUAAAUCAUUUACCUGGGGAACACCUGGCACCAGGAAUAAGGAGAUUUCCACCUGCUGGAAAAUGAGAUUAUCAAUCAAGAAGAUUAGCCCGCUUUAGUACGUACUACAUGUGAUGUUUUUUAGUCAUAAAAGUUCAACAUAAAAGCUACUUGCAUAGGUAGUGAGGGUUUUCUAUGUUAUUGAAACAUAUGGUUGUAAAGUCUGCAUGGCAGAUGGUACCCUUGUCCAAUAUAAGCAAAUCACUGACUACUGUUACAGUAUACAAUUUACAUCAAACAUAGUUGGUCACAAUAUUUUAUGUAAAAUGGUCAUAAUUCAAUGCCAGGAGUUAUAUUUAGUACAAAGGGGGUGGGGGUAUGUGUUUACAUAGCUGAGACUGUGGUCAUUCAGAGCAGAUCAUAAAUCAAAGCUUUAAAACUAAAAAACAAAAUUAACAUCCUGAUCGUUAUGUUUCACUGUAACCAGUGAUUGUAAAAAGUGCAAUAAUAACUUUACAUUUAUGAAUUAUCAUUUAGACAACAUCAGAAUAAAACAGAGUUUCUGUAGUAUUUCUGGCUAAUAAUAACACAAUUAAAAUUAAAAGCUGAAAAUGUGAAGAAUAUAGCUGUACAUCUACUGCAAAGUUGUGGUAUAUCCUUGCUUUUGCAGACAGAGUCAUCUCCUUUGGCCUUUUGGUUGCUAAGGCCCAGUCGGAGACUACGGGGGCCCUGAAGCAGCUCUUAAGAUGUGUCAUUGGAUUAGUAUGUGAGCAUCUGCGUUUAGCCUUCUCCAGUUGCCAGAGAACACCUUGAGAAGUGUAGCUCAUGUAGAGGUCUCUUGACGAAGCCGUCUUCAUGGUGCGAUUUCAUGACUUUAUUCUUUAGAAUGAAGCAUGUAAGGAUACUACAUUUGCUACUACUUUUUGUGUUUGUGCAUGCCUGCUUUGCACAAGCAGAUUUUGCUCCAUAUUUCUACGACAAUGGGCCCUACAGUUACAAUGGAAACCUGGCCUUGUUCAGCCUCUCAGAGGACACUGCUGUUGGUACACAAAUUUAUCGUCUUAAUGGCACAGAUCCUGAAGGCCAGGAGGUGAGGUACGGCCUUUCCUUUGAUCCAGGGUCCAAAGAGUACUUCAGGGUCGACCCCAAAUCUGGAAAUAUUACAUUAGUAGAAAAGCUGGACAGAGAGAAACAAGACUCUAUUGAUGUUCUUGUCAGCAUCACUGAUGGGCAAAGCAAGGUUGUGGAAAGAGUGACAAUAUUUGUAAUGGAUGCAAAUGAUGAAAAGCCUGAAUUCCAAAACAUGCCUGCGAUCAUUGAUGUACUGGAAACAACAGAGUCUGGAAGCAGUAUCUACAAAGUUGAGGCAGUGGACAGAGACACAGGCUCAGGGGGCUCGGUCACCUACUACCUGCAGAGUGCUCAGUCCACUCUGUUUGCCAUCGACAGACACAGUGGAGUCCUUCGUAUCAAAUCUGGAGAAAUGCUGGACUAUGAGAAAGCAAAGACACACUUUGUCAUUGUUAUCGCAAAGGAUGGUGGUGGUAGCUUUAAUGGGAAGGAGCAGUUUAUGUCCUCCUCUGCUACCCUGACGAUUAAUGUGAUUGAUGCUCAAGACACUCUGCCAUCUUUCAUUGGGACACCCUACUUUGGCUAUGUUUAUGAAAUUUCAGUGCCAGGAUCUGAAAUAUUCACUGUUGAGGCCCGAGAUGGUGAUGUGGGGAACCCAAAUCCAAUCCGCUAUUCAUUCGAUGAUGGUGAUGACGGUGUUUUUAGUAUCAAUAAAACAAGCGGUUGCAUCACCCUGUUGACUCUCCCCAUUUAUCUGAAGAGAGAAAUCUUCAACAUUAAAGUCAGGGCUUCAGAAGUAAGCCCUGAAGGCAGACUCAUGGACUAUGAGGUCACCACAGUGGUGAUCCGUGUUGUGGACCUAAAUAACAAUCCGCCUACUUUCUAUGGAGAGAACGGCCCACAGAGCACGUUUGAGUUGACCAUGUAUGAGCAUCCACCCGAGGGAGAGAUCCUCCGGGGGCUGAAAAUCACCGUCAAUGACUCUGAUCAGGGUGCAAAUGCUAAAUUCAAUCUGAGACUGAUUGGACCAGGAAGAAUGCUGCGAGUUGUCCCUCAGACUGUACUCAACGAGGCCCAGGUCACAAUCUUAGUAGAAGACUCUGCUGCCAUGGACUAUGAGAAAUAUCAUUUUCUAACAUACAAGCUCCUUGCGGUUGAGAUUGACACACCAGAGAAAUUCAGCGCUACAGCGGACAUUGUCAUUCAUCUCCUGGACACCAAUGACAACGCUCCCAAAUUCUCUUCAGAUUACUACAUUGCCAGAAUUCCAGAAAAUUCACCCGGUGGCUCCAACGUGGUCACAGUCACGGCAUUUGACCCAGACUCAGGACCUUGGGGAGAAGUGAAGUACUCUAUCUAUGGAUCAGGGGCUGAGCUGUUCCUGAUCAAACCUGACUCUGGGAUCAUCUACACACAGCCAUGGGCAAGCCUGGAUGCUGAGGUGAGGUCCAAGUAUAACUUCUAUGUGAAGGCAGAGGACACAGAGGGGAAAUACAGCCUGGCUGAAGUCUUUGUGACUGUGUUGGACUUGAAUGACCACUCACCUGCUUUCUAUGAUAACUUCCUUGAGAAGACCAUGGUCAUUGGAACUCCAGUGAAAAUCGAGGCUGUGGAUGAUGAUGCAGAGGUCCCCAACAACGUUAUCGAGUAUGCCAUCAUGAAAGCUGAGCCAGAAAACAAUAUCUUUGACAUUAACGCUGACACAGGCGAGAUCAUGCUGAAGUCCUACAUCAAGUCAAUGGCCAUCAUUCAGAACAUCACCAAGAAGAGAGACUGCACCUGGUCGCUGGUGGUGCAGGCCCGUGACCGAGGCCAUCCAUCCCUCACCACCACCGCCGUCGUCAAGAUUGACAUCACUGAAGCUACUCAACUCAAAGGGGGGCCUUUGGGAUCAUUUUUAAUGCAGAAUAGAAACAAGCCUUUGCAAAUCCUAGGUAUGCUUGCUGGUAUCAUUAGUCUCAUGAUCAUAGUGACAGUCCUCAUCUCCACCGCAACAUUCAUGCGCAACAAAAAGUCCAACCGGAUCCUGCCCAAUCGCCGCGUGAAGAGAAGGCCGAAGACACAGCACACCUGGCUUUUUAAAAACCCCUUAAAGAGACCCGAAACGAACGAACAGAAAUUUAAGGUUAAAGAGGAAGAGCGGGAACCAGAGGUAAUCGUGGAGAAUGUCAACCACAACAACAACGCUGGCAGGAUUUUGAGACGGUGGCCACCGCCCCCGCCACCCUGUGCACCUCCACCACCUUUUUGCCUCCCGGUGGAGAGGCAGUGGGUCGUCCCCACAGUCUCAGCAACCGUGGCACCCAAACCUCUAAAGAAGGCAGUGGUGACCAGGCAGGACUCUGUGAACAAAGCGCUGGUUUCAGAGCUCAAGAUGAAGCUGGAGCAGAAGAGAAAGUCAGGUCAUUAAUACUAUUUCAUCAAUCUCAGCACAAGGUUCUACUUUUACUCUCAGAGCUGAGGCCAAGGACAGACAAUCAGACAGAGUUUCAUUAAGUCCUGUGUGAUGAUAAAAAGCUUCAGAGCAGCCAGCAAAUGAACCUGAAGGUGGGAUUGUUGUGUAGACUGAUGCUUUCAUAAGCUACAUUAACAGUGCUUUGUGUGUGUGUGUGUGUGUGUGUGUGUGUGUGUGUGUGUGUGUGUGUGUGUGUGUGUGUGUGUGUGUGUGUGUGAGUGUGAAUGUUGAAAUAUACUGAAACAACAAAGAGCUUCACUCCUUGUAAAUCAAUAACACAAUUUUUAUUAAAAAAGA